GAUUUCUUCGAAGGAGUUCCAUCUCCGGUGAUCGAGACUUCGUCGCCGGAGAACCGAUGGCGGCGGCGGCGGUGUCGUCGGUGGUGGCGGUGAAUAUGAUUGAGAGGGCGCACCAGAUGUACAGACAAGGGCAGCAUGAUGAAGCGUUGGAGCUUUACACGGAGGCUCUUGCCAUGGCGAAGUCUAAGGCUCAGAAGAUCGCUCUCCAUAGCAAUCGCGCCGCUUGCUAUCUCAAACUCCAUGAUUUCAAGAAGGCUGCAGAAGAAUGCACGGCUGUUCUGGAAUUGGAUGUUGAGCACACAGGAGCUUUGAUGUUGCGGGCUCAAACUUUGGUUACACUUAAGGAGUACCAAUCAGCAAUGUUUGAUGUUAACAGACUUAUGGAGCUGAACCCAUCAUCUGAUGUCUACCGGAACUUGCAGGCUAGACUAAGAACUCAGUUGUCAUUGGCACCUAUACCUGAAUCUGAGGAAGAAGAACAUCAUCUUGAGGAAGAUGAAGAAGAGGAAGAAGAGGAAGAAGUAGAAGUACCGGAAAUAGAAGAAAAAAAAGAAAUCAUUUCAGAAAAAGAGGAUAGAAAAAUAGAUCCUCCUAGGGUUCAAGUCGAAGCACCUAGCACCAAGAAUCAGAAUAUUGGGGCAGUUGAUGCCACACAGGAUGUAAUCCCCAAAAUUAAAGGAUGGGAAGCGAUUCCAAAACCAAAAGGCCAUUCAGGUCUGGAUUAUUCUCGUUGGGAUAGGGUAGAAGAUGAUUCAAGUGAAGAAGACGAUGAUGAAGAAGAAGAGCAGAAACCUCAGUACAGAUUCCGUCUUAAGACAGUCGGUGUGCGGCCAGUGAAAUGAGCGCAAAAUGAGCAUGCCACUCUUGUUCAUUGGCAAAUAUAAACUCAAAACUAUGGAUCAUGGAAUGAUAACCAAGGAGGAUUAAUGAGCACCAGACGAAAGUUGAAGCCUGUAUUCUCAUCAAAGUAGAGGCCAUGCAUUGACAUAUCUUCAGCUACAGUAAUCAAUUUGUCAGCUGGUUUAUGCUUUAAGUUAUUAACUAAAGCAGGAUUUAUCAUCUCAAAGCCAAACAGGAGCAAUUACCUCAGUACAUCCGACAUCAAGGAUGAAAUGUCUCUUGGUGAUCACUAUUUAACUCGCAAAAGUGCAAGCCCAGUCUUAUCAAUCCAAUGCUGCUGAAUUCGGUGCAUUUAUUUGUGAUUUGUUUAUAAAAUUACCCAUUACUUGAAUAAUUUGUUAUACUUCCCCAAUGUAAAUAGAUUCAUUGUGAUUUAAUAUAGAAUGACAGACUCGCGCAAAUAGUGUUUCCAAAAUGCAGAAUUUAUCAUUA